AUCUCUAGCUGAUGCUGAGGUGAUGCCACAGCCCUGCUGUUUCUGUCUGUCGUGCUGUGGGAGACCCACCCUUUUGAUUUGGACAAAGGGCUUUACUUCCAUUGAGUCACCUGUUCUUAUUAACACUAGUGAUUUAGAGAAAAUCCAGGCUUUAGCAUCUGAGACGUUGUUGCAGGGCUUGGCACAGAUGAAGAUACUAGUUCCAAAUUACAGCUUCUCAAAUAAAAGAUUAACAUCAGAAAAUGAGGAUACCUGGUCAUUUUACAGAUUCCAUUUGCUAUCCUUGCACUUACUCAAACCCUAAUCAACUGUUACAGUUUUAAUGGAAUGAAAAUCUCAGUAGUCAGCUUUUUCAAGGUUUUAGCAGGUAGUACUUUAAAGGGAAAAAAACCCAGCAAGGUUUGUUAUUUCUCUACCCUGAAAAUUUUGAAAGGGGUAUGUGCAGUUUCAUGCAAAAUGCAGAUAACCUGUUAGACAACCUGAAGAUUUGAAUAAACAGUCAUGGUAUCUACCUGGCACUUAUGCUGGUACUUUCACUUUUACCAUUUGCCCUAUUUAAGAUAUCAUUAAAAUAGAUACCUUCAGGCCACUUCUGGCUUUUUCAGAGACACAGAAAAAUUAAUUUGACAUUGUUAGCAAAGAUAUUUUACUUACUUUCUGACUCAUCUUCUGUAAAUGAUGAGAACAUUAUUAUAUUAAAAAUAUUUUUUUCUCUAAAUGUGGACAUAAUAUAACUAGCUGAAAUGUGUAUAAAAUUAAAAACAUAUAGAUACUGUCUAUUGCUCAAUCUUAUUUAAAGGUAGAGACUGAAGGAAAACUGGAGGACUUACAGAAUGCAAUGCUCAAUUACAACUAAAUAGCAAAAUCACAUCUUUAAUAAAUGGGAAUUUCAUUUUUCUAAUGAAAUGUACUAAAUUAUAGAGCAUUACAUAUAUGAUAUAUAGACCAGUAUUGUAUUUCAAAUACUUGAAACUCUUUGCUUAACAGCAGAAGGUACCGAGGGGCCUGGACUACAUGUAGUUUUGAGAUCCUUUCUUUAAGGAUUAUUUUUUAAUGACAGUUUUUCUGAAUUAUUAUAUAUACAGAAUAUCUGAAUUCUACCUGAUAUCAUUCAUAUCCUGGAAGUUUACCAGAUAACAAGCAAUUUUAAAACCAGUGAAGGAAGGAGAGAGAAGCUAAUACUAAAAAAUUAGCAGUUUAUGAUUCAAGGAUUGGAGCUUGUUUAGGGCUCAGUACAGGUGACAGCACAACUUCUGUUUCAUUGUUCUAUUAAAUUAAAGCAUGUAUAGAAACUGUAAUCAGAUACAAAUUUCUGUGUUGUUCUGUUAAGCUUUGUAACCUAAAUGAAAAUGCUUGGGGCAUAUUUAGUAUAGGAAAAACCUUCUUGUGUAAUAGCAGCAGCAAAGAAAAGAUAUAAUUGCAUUAGACAGUAGUGGAGACAGGUCUCAUGUAAUGUUUUCAACUCAUCAGGAAAACUUUUUUAGGACAUGUUUUUUUCCCUGAAAAAUACAGUGAAUCCCUAAGUCUGCCAAUACUUUCUCCCAUCAGUCAUUGGCUCCUUUGUGGAUUUCUAGAAAUACGAAUACAUAUCCUUUAAGUGAGGACAAUGCAUUUUGUUACAGCAUUCAUAGCUGUAACUGUUAAUGGAUGAAAAGUAGCCUAAACAAAUGCAUUGAAUUAUAAAGACAAGAAAUACACACUGAUGACUUGAUUUGGAUUCAUCUUUUGAGACUAGUUUCAUAGAAAAGGCACCUAGAGUGACAAGUUGAACCACAGACCUGUAAAAUGGGGAAUAAAUAAAUGAAUUAUUCAGAAAGACCAAGGAGAAACCUCAGACAACUUCACAGUUCAUUAAUCCUGCAUGAGCAGAAGUAGUAAUCAAAGGACUGUAUCCAGAAAAUGACUGUUCUUUUAAUUAAAAAAAAAAAGGGACAACUUUGAGUUUAGGAUCUUUACAAUUGAGAGUUACAUUAAUUUUAAAAAGGGAUUAGCAAAGGCAUCCAUCUUGUACAAAGAAAAAUUUAGAAGCAGAAAUUUCAGCAUAGAAGUUUAUUAUAAGGUUGCAUGCUGGAGACUCUGGCUGGCUUUAUAAUUUACUUUUUACUUUUACACUGCAUCUGUAUCUCCAGCCACUCCAAGGUCUCUGUCAUUCUGCACAUUACAUUAACUCAUAGUUCUCCAGGAUAGUUCUUGAGAGAAAUUUUCUUCUUUGUGUCUACAGUACAGUAUAUGUUAAUUCUGAAUUUAUUGUCAGGUAUCUUGGUUCUGGUCUUGUAUUACUUAUCUGCUUGGUGCUAUAAUCUACUGACUAAAUUAUUUCAGUAACCUCAGUGCUGAUCAUACACACUGAUGGAUGCUGUGCUGUGAACCCACUCCAGAGAUUAAGACUUGAGGUGGCAUAGGAACAUGAGUCUUUACCAUGUCAUGGGAUUGGUAAUUCACAUUUAGGAGUAUACUGUUUCAUUUCUUUCCUCUAGUUCCUUUCUCUAGGUUUUUCAAGCACUUUUUAACAUCCCCUUCAGCCUUCACAUACCUUAUUUCAUAAGAUCAUUACUGCAGCACUUUGUGCGUCCCUGUGUGUGUGGAUUUCUACAAACUGCUUCAGACACACGAGAAGCUUUAGGAGAAGGACUAUUCAAUGAGUGCAAAUGAGCAGAAUAUUUUAUCUCAAAUUUAGAUGUGGCAUCUCCAGGAUACAGAUGUUGCACAUUCAUGAAGUAAUGCAGCAAAGGCUACAUGGCUUAAUGUAACAGAAAACAUAAUUUAAGCUCAUUAGUUAAGCAUUGAAACUCACUCUUAAAAUUGGUUCUCAUAACUAAAAUUUUUACAGCAAUAUGCUGUAAACUGUUGCAAAGUAGACACCAAGUAAGGCUUUAAUUUAUUCCCUGGUGGCAGCACUCUUUAACCAUAUCUGCCUUCCUUUUUGCCAUUCUCUCCCUCCAGCUAUUCAAACCUCUUAACUGUGCUGUACAGUACAUCACUUUAAAUAACUGAUCCUGCUGCAGAAGGACUUGGAAGAGAGAAAAAUAACACUGCUUUCAGUUGAUGCACUGCAGGACUCCAUAAAGAGAGCUGCUGUACAGUAGAGAGUUCAAUGCAGAGAGCAGGAAAAAGCAGCAUCUUCCACCACUGUUACUAAAGCCAUUCACGGCAAACCAGAAUCAGAUUUUGGACUAGUUUCAGUCUGAACUAAUACUAUGACACUUGCCUUGCAAAUAAUCAGAAGCAGCAUCUUUUCCUAUAUAGCCUUGAUUAUUCAUGCUGUUUACUUUUACUUAAAAGGCCUGUGGUUUUGAUUCACAGCUAACAGUCAAUAAACACAACCCAAGCUGCUCUGGGAUCUAAUAUUAGCCUUCACCACAGUUAAGUGCCGGUCAUUCUUAUGCAAGAAGCUAAAAGUAAUUAAAUUUGCAGGAUGAAAACAUGGCACAGGCACUGCUGGUACCACCUGGACCUGAAAGCUUCCGCUAUUUUACUAGAGAUUCCCUCGCAGCUAUUGAAAAGCGUUCUGCAGAAGAAAAAGCUAAAAAGCCCAAGCAAGAACAUACAGAUGAUGAUGAUGAAAAUGGUCCAAAACCAAACAGUGACUUGGAGGCAGGAAAGACACUGCCAUUUAUUUAUGGUGACAUACCUCCAGGAAUGGUAUCUGAACCUUUGGAAGACCUGGACCCAUAUUAUAUCAAUAAAAAAACUUUCAUAGUAUUGAAUAAGGGGAAAGCAAUUUUCCGGUUCAGUGCCACGUCUGCCUUGUAUAUUUUAACCCCUUUUAAUCCCAUCAGAAAAAUUGCUAUCAAGAUUUUGGUACAUUCGUUAUUCAGCAUGCUUAUCAUGUGCACUAUUUUGACCAACUGUGUAUUUAUGACCAUGAGUAACCCUCCAGACUGGACAAAGAAUGUAGAGUACACUUUCACUGGAAUUUAUACCUUUGAAUCACUUAUCAAAAUUCUUGCAAGGGGCUUCUGCUUAGAAGGUUUUACUUUUCUGCGAGACCCAUGGAACUGGCUUGACUUCAGUGUCAUUUUAAUGGCAUAUGUGACAGAGUUUGUGGACCUGGGCAAUGUCUCAGCGUUGAGAACAUUCAGAGUUCUCCGAGCUUUGAAAACAAUAUCAGUCAUUCCAGGCCUGAAGACUAUUGUAGGAGCCCUGAUUCAGUCUGUGAAGAAGCUCUCGGAUGUGAUGAUCCUGACUGUGUUUUGUCUGAGUGUAUUUGCACUGAUAGGGCUGCAGCUGUUCAUGGGCAACCUGAGGAAUAAAUGCCUGCAGUGGCCUCCAGACAAUUCUACUUUUGAGAUAAACAUUAUUUCCUACUUUAACAGCACAAUGAAUGAAAACGGUACUUUUGUUAACAUGACAGUGAGCACGUUUAACUGGAAGGAUUACAUCGAGGAUGAAACUCAUUUUUAUAUUUUGGAAGGACAAAGAGAUGCCCUACUUUGUGGUAAUAGCUCUGAUGCAGGGCAAUGUCCAGAAGGAUAUAUAUGUGUGAAAGCUGGCAGAAACCCCAAUUACGGCUACACAAGUUUUGACACCUUCAGUUGGGCUUUUUUGUCACUGUUUCGGCUAAUGACUCAGGACUUCUGGGAAAAUCUCUAUCAGCUGACACUGCGUGCUGCUGGGAAGACAUACAUGAUAUUUUUUGUUCUGGUGAUUUUUCUGGGCUCUUUCUAUCUGAUAAACCUGAUCCUGGCUGUGGUUGCCAUGGCCUAUGAAGAACAGAAUCAAGCAACAAUGGAAGAAGCUGAGCAGAAAGAGGCAGAAUUUCAACAGAUGCUUGAACAACUGAAGAAGCAACAAGAAGAAGCUCAGACAACAGCAGCAGUAGCAGCAGCAUCAGUUGCAUCAAGAGAUUUCAGUGGUGUAGGGGGAUUAGGAGAACUCCUGGAAAGCUCUUCAGAAGCAUCAAAGUUGAGCUCAAAGAGUGCUAAAGAAAGAAGAAACAGAAGGAAGAAAAGAAGACAGAAAGAAAUGUCUGAAGCAGAGGACAAAGGAGAUACUGAUAAGUUCCCCAAGUCUGAGUCAGAAGACAGUAUCAGAAGGAAAGGUUUCCGCUUCUCCGCAGAAGGAAGUCAACUGACAUAUGAAAAAAGGCUCACUUCUCCUCACCAGUCUUUGUUAAGCAUUCGUGGUUCUCUGUUCUCACCAAGACGCAACAGCAAAACCAGCAUUUUCAGUUUCAGAGGUCACGCAAAGGAUGUAGGCUCUGAAAAUGACUUUGCUGAUGAUGAGCACAGCACUCUUGAAGACAAUGAGAGCAGAAGAGAUUCUCUCUUUGUUCCAAAUCGACAUGGAGAAAGGCGCAACAGUAACGUUAGCCAGGCCAGUGUGUCAUCUAGAAUGAUACCAGCCCUUCCAGUGAAUGGGAAGAUGCACAGCACUGUGGAUUGUAACGGAGUGGUUUCCUUGGUUGGAGGACCUUCAACUCUAACUUCACCUACUGGUCAGCUUAUACCAGAGGGCACCACUACAGAAACAGAAAUAAGGAAAAGAAGACUGAGUUCAUACCAAAUUUCCAUGGAAAUGCUGGAAGAGUCUGCUGCAAGACAAAGAGCAAUGAGCAUAGCCAGCAUACUUACAAAUACAAUGGAAGAGCUUGAAGAAUCCAGACAGAAAUGCCCACCAUGCUGGUACAGAUUUGCAAAUACUUUUUUGAUCUGGGAUUGCUGGAGUCCAUGGUUAAAAGUAAAGCAUGUCGUCAAUUUAGUUGUGAUGGAUCCAUUUGUUGAUCUUGCUAUAACUAUUUGCAUUGUUUUAAAUACCUUGUUUAUGGCCAUGGAACAUUACCCAAUGACAGAACAGUUUAGCAGUGUCCUUUCUGUGGGGAACCUGGUAUUCACUGGGAUAUUUACAGCAGAAAUGGUACUAAAGAUUAUUGCCAUGGACCCUUAUUAUUAUUUCCAAGAAGGCUGGAAUAUUUUUGAUGGUAUUAUCGUUAGCCUUAGUUUAAUGGAGCUUGGUCUUGCAAAUGUUGAAGGAUUAUCUGUUCUUCGCUCAUUCAGACUGCUUCGAGUUUUCAAAUUGGCAAAAUCUUGGCCAACCCUAAAUAUGCUAAUUAAGAUUAUUGGCAACUCAGUGGGAGCUCUGGGGAAUCUGACCCUGGUGCUGGCCAUCAUUGUGUUCAUUUUUGCUGUGGUUGGGAUGCAGCUCUUCGGGAAGAGCUACAAGGAAUGUGUCUGCAAGAUCUCCAGUGACUGUGUGCUCCCUCGCUGGCACAUGCAUGACUUUUUCCACUCUUUCCUGAUUGUAUUCCGAGUGCUGUGUGGAGAAUGGAUAGAAACCAUGUGGGACUGCAUGGAGGUUGCAGGCCAAACCAUGUGCCUUAUUGUUUUCAUGCUGGUCAUGGUGAUUGGAAACCUAGUGGUAUUGAACCUAUUUCUGGCCUUGCUGCUGAGCUCAUUUAGUUCAGACAACCUUGCUGCUACCGACGAUGAUAAUGAAAUGAACAAUCUCCAGAUUGCUGUGGCAAGGAUUCAGAAAGGCAUAGAUUAUGUUAAAAAAAAGAUACAGGAGUUCAUCCGAAAAGCCUUUGUUAGAAAGCAGAAAUCUUUAGAAGAAAUCAAGGCACUUGAAGAGCUAAACAACAAGAAAGACAGCUGCAUUUCCAAUCAUACUGCCGUUGAAAUAAACAAAGAUCUGAAUUAUCUCAAAGACGGGAAUGGAACCACCAGUGGUGUAGGCACAGGCAGCAGUGUGGAAAAAUACAUAAUUGAUGAAAAUGAUUACAUGUCAUUCAUAAACAACCCAGGCCUCACUGUGACAGUGCCCAUUGCACUUGGAGAAUCAGAUUUUGAAAAUUUAAAUACAGAAGAAUUUAGCAGUGAAUCUGAUAUGGAAGAAAGCAAACAGAAACUAAAUGCAUCAAGCUCAUCAGAAGGCAGCACUGUUGAUAUUGCUCCUCCUGGAGAGGGCGAGCAAGCAGAAAUUGAAAGUGAAGAAGCUCUUGAACCAGAAGCCUGUUUUACUGAAGGUUGUGUGCAGAAAUUUCCAUGUUGUCAAGUAAGUAUAGAAGAUGGCAAAGGAAAAACUUGGUGGAAUCUUAGAAAAACCUGCUACAGCAUAGUUGAACACAACUGGUUUGAGACUUUCAUUGUAUUCAUGAUUCUCCUCAGCAGUGGAGCACUAGCUUUUGAAGAUAUAUAUAUCGAACAACGCAAAACUAUCAAGACCAUGCUGGAAUACGCUGACAAAGUUUUUACAUAUAUUUUCAUUUUGGAAAUGCUUUUAAAAUGGGUAGCAUAUGGUUUUCAAAUAUAUUUUACUAAUGCCUGGUGCUGGCUGGAUUUCCUGAUUGUUGAUGUCUCAUUGGUUAGUUUAAUAGCCAAUGCUCUGGGCUAUUCUGAACUUGGUGCCAUUAAAUCACUACGGACAUUAAGAGCUUUAAGACCUUUAAGAGCCUUGUCACGAUUUGAAGGAAUGAGGGUGGUUGUAAAUGCCCUUGUAGGAGCAAUCCCGUCUAUCAUGAAUGUAUUGCUGGUAUGUCUUAUAUUCUGGCUAAUCUUCAGCAUCAUGGGAGUAAAUCUUUUUGCUGGAAAAUUCUAUCACUGUGUCAACACCACAACUGGUGAGAUGUUUGAUAUCAGUGAUGUGAACAAUUAUACUCAGUGUGUGGAACUCAUAAAAAGCAAUCAAAGUGCCCGAUGGAAGAAUGUGAAAGUAAACUUUGAUAAUGUAGGAGCUGGAUAUCUUGCUCUGCUUCAAGUAGCUACUUUCAAAGGAUGGAUGGAUAUUAUGUAUGCUGCUGUUGAUUCGCGAGAUGUAAAAGAUCAACCUAAGUAUGAGGACAACUUAUAUAUGUAUCUCUAUUUUGUCAUCUUUAUCAUAUUUGGAUCAUUUUUUACCUUGAACCUUUUCAUUGGUGUUAUUAUAGACAACUUCAACCAACAAAAAAAGAAGUUUGGAGGUCAAGAUAUAUUUAUGACAGAAGAACAGAAGAAAUAUUAUAAUGCAAUGAAAAAACUGGGAUCCAAAAAGCCACAGAAACCUAUACCGAGGCCAGUGAAUAAAUUCCAAGGCAUGAUCUUUGAUUUUGUAACCAAACAAGUAUUUGACAUCAGCAUCAUGAUACUCAUCUGCCUUAACAUGGUCACAAUGAUGGUAGAAACAGACGACCAGAGUAAAGAAAUGGAAACAAUUUUAUCCCGGAUUAACCUGGUGUUCAUUGUCCUUUUCACUGGAGAAUUUGUUUUGAAAUUGAUUUCACUUCGCCAUUACUACUUCACUAUAGGCUGGAAUAUUUUUGAUUUUGUGGUUGUGAUUCUCUCCAUAGUAGGUAUGUUUUUGGCUGAGAUGAUCGAGAAGUACUUUGUAUCUCCCACACUAUUCAGAGUCAUCCGGCUUGCCAGAAUCGGUCGAAUCCUGCAACCAAACAAAGUCCAGCUGAUUGCAAUGGAUCUGCCCAUGGUGAGUGGUGACAGAAUUCACUGCCUUGACAUCUUGUUUGCUUUCACAAAGCGUGUUUUGGGGGAAAGUGGGGAGAUGGACGCCCUCAGAAUACAGAUGGAAGAUCGGUUUAUGGCAGCCAAUCCUUCCAAAGUCUCCUAUGAACCAAUUACAACCACACUGAAACGAAAGCAGGAGGAAGUGUCUGCUGUCAUCAUUCAGCGUGCUUACAGACGUCACCUCUUAAGGCUAAAAGUUAAACAGGUGUCUAGUAUAUAUAAUAAAAAUAAAAACAAAGAAGGAGAUGGACACAUUAUAAAAGAGAUAAUUAUUGAUAAACUAAAAGGAAACUCCACCCCAGAAAAAACAGAUGAGAGUUCUUCUACAACUUCCCCACCUUCUUAUGACAGUGUAACAAAGCCAGACAAAGAAAAAUAUGAAAAAGAUAAAGCAGAAAAGAACUACAAAGGUAAAAACAUCAGGGAAAAUAAAAAAUAAUGAUCUAAGAAUUUUGUUAAUGGGACAACUUGUUUACAGUCUUUGAGAAUGAAUCACCAACAGGACUCCUGCAGGAGAUUUAUGCCAAACUGACAGUUUUUACACAUAUAUAUGUGUGUGUGUGCGUGUGUGUGCGCGUGUGUGCAUAUAUAUACAUUAUAUAUAUACUUAAGGUCAGUGCCUAUAAUAAAACAGUGAACCUCCAUCAUCAGACUGUGACUCUGUUAAUCAGGGUAAAAAACUUGACAAGAGGUUACUGUUUUCACUACAGCUGACACUGCUAAGAAUAAGGGAAAAGGUGGCUCAAUAGAGAAGAUGGAGCAUGAAAUGAGUGUGAAAGGAUACUUUAUUUCCACAACAUGUAGAACAGUAAUUCUCUUCACUGUUUGUAAUGCAACUGCCACAUUUGUCAUAUUUUUACAAAAACUGUAUUAGUGUAUUUAUAAUUUUUUUAAUUCACAGGUUGUUUACUAUUACAUGUGACUAUUUUUGUAAUAGGUUUUAUGUUGGGGAAAGAGGUAUGAGGACCAGGAGUUCUACUCUCAGAUUCUCUGUAAUGUACAGAUAGGAGUGAUUUGCAUAGACAUACUGCACUUGUCAAUCAUGUAUAAAUAAAAAUAUGACAUUGCACAAAGCUGGAGAUUUUAAGAACUUUUGUGUUUCAGGGUUGCUCUUAAAUUUGAAGUAUUCCAACUACUUGUAUGGCUGCAUCCAGAUUAUGUACAUCCAGAUUAAUGUGCCUGGAGAGUCUCCUCUAAUUUACAGGAAUCUGCAAUGACUUAUUUUUAUGUGAAUGACUAAAUAUGAAUAAGUUCUUGUUUAUGUUAAAAUAUUUACAGUUCAAAAAAUAUUGUGCAGUUUCUGCACUGGAAAAAUAGCUUCACCAGAAUAUACCUGGGAGUUCUUUUGUUUUGCUUUGGUUUUGACAGCUCUUUUUUUUUUUUUUUUUUUAUGGGGUUUUUUUUGUUUUUUUUUUUUUUUUUUUUUCUCCAACAUCCAGUGAACCCAUAAAAUACCCUUUUCCAUGUAAAUAUUAACAGUAUACUGUUGUGCGUAUUUGAGCAUAGAAUUAAAUGGCUUUGCCACAUUGAAUUGCAUCAGAUAUGUACCACAGUAUGGUUAAUUUGCAAGACAACAGGACGUGUUGUAGUCUGUGUCAUAGAUAGGAGAGUAUCACUGAUGCAUGUCAAUGCUGUUGCUGCUGUACCUUGCUCCUUCACUGUCCACAGUCUCCACUAUAGGAAGCCAUGUGUCAGUGAUGAAGUGAAUCAAGUUGUCCAACCAGACCUCAUUCUUUCAAAUCAUUAAGCAAUAGUUUGCAGCUGUUUAUGAGCUUUUUUAGUUUUGCAUUUUAAAUUUGAAGUGGCUGCUAUGUCGUGUAGAAUCAGACUGUACAGGCCAUAUUGCAAACUGUUAAACCUGUUGACAAUGUGGUUAGCAUAUAUAAAUAAUGUAAAGAAAUACCAUUUGACAAAAGUUCUGUAUGUAAGAAAAGUGUCUUCAAGUUUAGAUCACUGUUUCUUAUAUUUCUUUCCUCAUUCACUUUGCUUAUUUUCUAACCAUGGUAAUUCCAAAUUGGCAUCAUCACACUAUGGGAAAAAAGUGCGUAUUUGUAGACUAUCUUGUUUUAAUAAUAUAUUUGCAUAUAUUCCAAUGUGAAGUAAAUGGUGUAAAUCUGGAACCCAGCUUGUUUCCAAAUAGCUACAGGACAUAGCAAGGAAAGCAUUAGGGGAAUGUGCGAAUUUCUAGCACUAUUUGCAUCAGAAGUUCCAAGAUAGUCUCAUAGUUGAUUAAAUCCUUGCUAUCUUGCAGUGUCUGUUUACAUAGUCUACUCUUAUUCUUUUUUGAAUCACAGUUCACUAAGCUUGUACAAACAAAAUAUUUCCCAAGAAAAAAAUAGCACAUUUGUAUAAUCGAGGACAUCAGGACAUUUUGUGUUUCAUACACAAGCUAACAUUAAAUGUAGAAUCUUUCUUUUACAAAUGCUUUGGACUUGUAAUGUGUUGGUGAAAUGCAUGCAAGAAAUUGUUAUUAUCAUAAACAACGCAAACAAUAUUACAUAUGAACCAAAAAAUAAAUAUUUCUUUUUUAAUUAUG